AUGUGGGCAACACCCGGCAACGACGCUGUUUGCUGCAGCCAACUGGGUAACGUCGUCAAGGUCAAGCCCCUCAUAAACGACGAUCGGGAACCCUUCAAGGGUUUUUCGUGCCAAGGUACUGCUGCAACGGGUUCGAAGCACCAGGCCUUCCCCGGCGAAAUUACGGCGUUUGUGAACGCGAGGAUAGACUGGGAGAAGAAGCCGGAGACUCACGUGGUCAGAGUGCAUAUUCCGAACCUGCAGAAACGGGAAGUAAAGGUGCGUGUGCUGGAAGGAGGGAUUGUGGAGAUAAGGGGCGAGAGGAGGUUGGAGAAGGAAGAGAAGGUGAACGGAAAGCAGGUGCUGUUUGAGCACAGCAGCGGCAAGUUCAGUCGGCAGAUAAGGUUUCCUGAGAGUGCUGAUCUUGAUAAGUUGCAGGCCUGCAUGGCGAGUGGGAUGCUGACAUUUGCUGUUCCUAAUAAAAAAGUAAUAGAGAAGAAGCCUUGUGUGAGAAUUGUUGAUAUUCAUGGUUGA